GUCUUUCUUUCUAGUUCUGUUGCUACUCGUUCGCGAAAUCAGUUGACUUUCUGCUGCAACACAAGCGGACUGAAAAUUUUUGUUUUAGUGUUGCAAAAAUUUUUUUUAUAAAUUAUCUAAAAUAACAAAAAAAUGUGAAAAAUAUAUGUUAUGUGCGAUGUUCAAUACAAAGCGAAUGUAAACAAGACGACAGAAGCAGCAGCAGCAACAACAACAACCGAGCAGCAACAUCAACAAAAAUAAAAGACAUUUUCAACAUGUGAAUGCGCUUUACAAGAAUAACAGCAAGAAGAAGAGGAAGAACAACAACAAGAACAGCAAGAACUAACUGUAAACCAAAACGAAUAUGAACAGAAAUUGAAAGUGGACAAAAAUGCAAAAAUAAUUCAAAAAUGUUGCGGCAACAACGGCAAUAACAAAUCAUUAUCAACAACAACAAGAACUGCGACGACAGCAGCAAAUGCAACAAUUUCAAAUUUGCGCGCAUUUGUUGCUAGGGAAACAAGAGCUACAAAAUCAGCGGCAGUGUCUUCUUCUUCUUUUCGGGUGUCCAUCAUUCAAUUGCACUGACAACAGAGCAGCAACAACAACAGGAACAACAAGAAAUUUACAAAAAAUCCUAGCCAAGGCCGAUUUAACAAAAUUCGGCCAAUUUGGUGGAUUUUGUAGAUUUUAAACACAAAAUGCACUCGUCCGCAUGCUGCUGUAAGACAAACAACAACAAUCACUACAACAACAACAAGAACAGCAACAGCAGCAGCAGCAACAACAUUAACGAGCAGCAGGAAGAAGAAGAGCAGCAGCAGCAGCAGGAGAAAUAUCCAAGGCGGGAACUGGAAGUGGAACUGUUGGAAAGUGCAUGGGACGCCAGCAGAAGUGGAAGCAGCAACAGGAACAGCAACAACAACAACGAUCUCAACGGCGAACCAACGGAGGAGGAGGAAUCAGCGAGGACGUGCUCAGCUGGAGCGCUCGCGGACGUCGCGGUGACGAUAACGCUGACGACGCUGACGUCGUCGACUUCGUCGCAGCGGCAGACGGCAGCAGCAGCAGCAGCAACAUCAACAAAAGCAAAAGGAGUAACAAUAACAAAGGAGUUACGUUUGUCAACAACUCCCGCAACAACAACAACAACAACAACAUUAGUAGAACAAUUUAACAAGCCAGUGUGGAUCAAGAACAUUUGAAGCUGCAGCACUUAAGGAUAACGUAUAUAUAGAGAGAGGAUAUACAAGCGAUUUUAUAUAUAGUUAUAUAUAUAUAUGCAUAUGAGUAUGUAUAUGUAUAAAUAAGUGUAUGUAUAUAUAUAUAUGUAUAUGUACAACAUAUGUGUGUGUAUAUAUAUGUAUAUGUAUGUAUAUAUAUAUCCCCAUAUAUAUGUAUGUAUGUAUGCAUGGACAUAUGUAUGUGUGCAUGUACAAAGGAGCUACGAUAUCCGUGCGAAAACUGUCAAUCAAGAAACAUAUUUAUUGUUCAUACUCCUCGUCAAACUCAACUCACAACUCAAGAAUUUGUCGUCGUCGAUCCGAGUUUUGUUUUCUGUCACAUUUUUUUUUUUACGGUCUUGCAAAAAAACAAAUCAACAAACAAAAAGAAAACAAGCAAUCGCUAUCAUCGCAGGCAACAACAACAACAACAACAGCAACCACUCCAACAACAACAACAAGAACAGAAAAACUUUAUAUAUAUUUUCUAAGACGCGUUUUGCUGCCAAGGCAAGCAACAAAAUCUAUAUAUGAUGGCCGAUCACUUGGACGAACCACCUCAGAAGCGGGUCAAAAUGGAUACAACGGAUCUAUUCUUUUUGGAAGAAAAUCUACCCGAUGAGCUGGUUUCCUCCAACAGCGGCUGGCCAGAUCAGCUAAACACCGGCGGCGGCGGAGUUGGCGGCGUUGUCACAACGACAGCAGCCAACGCAGGCGGCGCUGGCGGACCAAAUAAAACACCUGCCCAGGGACCCGGCCCGGGACCGGGUGGCCCAGGAGGUGGUGGCGUUGUGGUGCCACCGCAAAUGAAUGGUGCCGGCAGCGGCAAUGGCGGUGGUGAUGACGGCAGUGGCGGCAACGGCGGUGGCGGUGGCCCAGCUGGCAAUCAACUGCGUCAAAUGCAACAUCAUCAGCACUUGCAGCAUCUGCUACAGCAGCAGCAGCAACAACAGCAGCAGCAGGGCAAUAAGGGAGCCGGCGGCGGUGGCGGUGGCAUGGUUGUGCCCAGCAUGAAUCAAUUGGGCAGCAAAUCGCCCAACCUGCAAUCGCCAAACACGGCCGGCAUUCAGGUGCCAACACAAAUGGGCAUGGUCAACUCGAUGCCAAUGUCCAUCUCGAAUAAUGGGAACAAUGGCAUGAAUGCCAUACCGGGCAUGAACACCAUCUCACAAGGCAAUCUUGGCAACAUGGUGCUCACGAACAGCGGCGGCAUGGGCGGAUUGAGUGGUGCCGGUGGCAUGGUCAACACAUUGAAGCAACCAAACGCGGCAUCCAUGAUGAACGCCGUGCCCGGUGCGGUGGGUGUGGGUGUCGGUUCCGUCACCGGUUCAGUGCCUAAUCAACAGGGAAUGCAUAUGCAGAACGGUCCGAUGAUGGGUCGCAUGGUCGGACAACAGCAUAUGCUGCGUGGUCCCCAUUUAAUGGGCGCCGGUGCCGGUGGCAACGGUCCUGGCGGCAACGGACCCGGCGGUGUUGUUGGCGCCAGCGGUGGUCCCCGCAUGCAAAGUCCAAAUAUGCAGCUAGGCCAACUAAAUAACAUGCCUUUCGGAGUUGGCAACUACGGAGCGCCCGGCGGCAACAAUGCACAACAGCAGCAACAGCUGUUGACCCAGCAGAUGGCCCAACGUGGCGGAGGCGGCGCCGUUGUGGCGCCCAACAUGAGUGCGAGCAUGCCACCGCAGGGCAAUCGACCCAUUGGCACCGUCGUGCCCAUGUCCAGCUUGGGUGCGGAUGGAACGCCAACUGGAGCGCCUGGUGGCCUGCAACAGCAACAGUUGGCGGCAGCGAAUGCACAAAUGAAUCCCCAACAGCAACAGCCCGGUGGAUUAGGACCACGUGCACCGCAGCCUCAGCUCUUGGGUCAUCCCCAGCAACAGCAGCAACAGCAGCAGCAACAGCAACAACAACAGCAGCAACAACAGCAGCAGCAGCAGCAACAAGGGCAGCAACAGCCGGGCACAUCUCAGCAGCAGGGCGUUCCACCGGGAGGAGUACCAAACGCAUUGGGCGGCGGAGGCGGCGGGGGUGCUGCCUCGGCGCCAAGCAUGUCCGAUGAGCGCAAGAAGCAGAUACAGCAGCAGCUGAUGUUGCUGCUGCACGCACACAAGUGCAACCGACGCGAGAACCUCAAUCCGAAUCGCGAAGUCUGCAGCGUCAACUAUUGCAAGGCAAUGAAAGCUGUCCUCGCUCACAUGGCCACAUGCAAGCAGAGCAAGGACUGCAGCAUGCAACAUUGCACCUCAUCGCGUCAAAUACUGUUGCACUACAAAUCGUGCACACGCACCGAUUGCAUCAUCUGUCUACCGUUCCGCCAGAAUCAUUCGCUGUUCCAGAAUGCGAGUGCUGGCACCCCAACCGGAGCGGCUGGCUCGACGCCGCUCCAACAGCAGCAGCAGCAGCAGCAGCAGCAACAACAGCAGCAGCAGCAACAACAAGGACAACAGCAGCAGCAGGUGCAGCAAAAUCCGUCCGGUGUUGGCGGCGUUGGUGUCGUCGAUGGCAAACCUGUGCCACAGAACGCUGGCGGUGCACAGAACACGGCAAUUGUGUUGCCACAGCAACAACAACAGCAGCAGCAGCAACAGUCCGCUGCUGGUGGUGCUGGGAAUGUGGCCAAGAGCAAUGCGGAUAUGGCACAGCAAUUGGGUCAGCAGCAGCAGCAACAUCAGCAGCAGCAACAACAGUUGCAGCAACAGGAACUGCGUCGCUUUGAGGGCGUUGGUCCCACGGUGCCGGCUGGAAUGCUUGGAGUGCCAGCUGGCAUCCGAAUGCCAGGCGGCGGACCAGCGGUGCGUGUGUUUGGCGGCGGCGGACCCGGCGGACCGAUGCCAGCCGGACAGCAGAAUGUGUUGCCGGUGGCGAACGAAGUGAACAGUCUGCAGCAGCAACAGCAGCAGCAACAGGCCACUCAACAGGCUGGACAACAGAUGAUGCUGCAGGGAUGCAACACAGUUGCGCCCGGUGGACGCAGACGCGCCAUUCCCAACAUGGUUGAGCAGCAAGCGAAUGCGCAACAGCAGCAGCAGCAACAACAAUUGGGUAACAUUCCAGCGCCACUGUCGGUCAAUGUUGGUGGCUUCAAUUCCAAUGCCAAUUUCGUUGGCGGCGGCAACAAUGACAAACAACAACAGCAACAGCAGCAGCAACAACAACAACAACAACUGGUUGGUCAAGCCGAUCAGCUGGCAAAGAUUAAGUUGCUGCAGGCGCAAGCGCAAGCAGCGGCAGCCCAUGGCAAUGCCGUCUCAGGUGGUGGAGCACCACCCGGCGGCGGUGGCGGUGUUGGUGGUGGAGCGGGUGGCAACAAUGCCGGCGGCCCAGCUGGCAGUGUCCUGAUGCCGGCCGACACAACGGGUGCCACGUCCGUCUCGAGUGUGACGGGCGGCGGCAGCAACGCUGGAAGCGGAGGCGGUAGUACAGCUGGUGGCGCGGGAGGCGGCGGUGGUGGAGCGGGUGGUCCGGCUGGGGACAAUGAGAAAGACUGGCGAGAAUCGGUGACGGCAGAUCUGCGCAAUCAUUUGGUCCACAAACUGGUGCAGGCCAUCUUCCCCACCUCGGAUCCGACGACGAUGCAGGACAAGCGGAUGCACAAUCUCGUCUCGUACGCUGAGAAGGUCGAGAAGGAUAUGUACGAGAUGGCCAAGUCACGAUCCGAGUACUAUCACCUGUUGGCCGAGAAGAUCUAUAAAAUCCAAAAGGAGCUCGAGGAGAAACGUCUCAAGCGCAAGGAGCAGCAUCAACAGCAGAUGCUGCAGAUGCAACAGGGCGGCGGCGGCGGCGGUGGUGGAGGCGGUGGCGGUGGACCAAAUGGACCCAGUGGCAAUGUGAAUGUUGUCAAUGCCACCUCACUGCCCAACAAUCCACUCCAGCAGCAGCAGCCACUUCAAGGCGGCGGCGUUCGUCCCAUUAUCAGUCCGAUUGGACCAACUGGCAUGCUACAGCAACAGCAGCAGCAGCAGCAGCAACAACAACAGCAGCAACAGUUGCGUCCACAGGCACCGGGCAUGGGCAACUGUUCGAAUCAGCAAUCCAAUAUGGUUGCUGUGACCGCAAGCAUGCGCAGCCAUUCGCCCGGCGGCAAUAUGCUGGCGAUACAGCAGCAACAGCAGCAACGCAUGCAGUUCCCGCAACAGCAGCAACAGCAGCCACAGCCUGGCCAACAGGGCAUGCUCGUUGGACCGCCCGGACCCAGUCCCGGUGGCAACAUGGUUGCUAAUCCGGUGUUGUCGCCAUUCAAUGCGCAGCAGAACAUGCAAACGGCGGCCGGCGGUGUGCUGACCAGUCCGGUGCCCAGUCAGCAGCAACAGUUCAUCAAUGCGAACGGCGGCAGCGGAGCGCAGAAUCAGCAGCAACUGAGCGAGAUAAUGAAGCAACGAUUGCUGCAUCAACAGCAACAGAAUGCGGCAGCAGCAAUGCUGAUGCCCCAAUCGCCCUUCAACAGCAAUGCAUCGUCAGUUCCCAAUCAACAGCAGCAGCAGCAGCAGCAACAACAAACGAAUGCGUUUAGCUCGCCAAUGCAACAGAAGACACAGCAACAAUCGGCGGUGAAUGUGCUCAACAAUAUGCCGCCGACACCAACCAGUUUGGAUGCAUUAAAUGCUGGCGGCGGUGCAGCUGGAGGAGGAGGUCCUGUCAGCGGUGGCGGUGGCGGAGGCGUUGUUGCAGCGCCAAGUCCAUCGCCCAGUUUCAUGUCGAAUGGACCAAUCGGCACGCCUUCGAACAACAAUCCGCCAUCGGUUAGCAGCAGCCUGAUGCAUCCGCUGAGCAAUCGAGCCACGACACCGCCUUACAUCGCCGGCUCUCCAGUGCCGCCAGCUGUGGCCAGCAGCAGCACACCGACAGCGUCUGGUGCAGCAUCGGGAGGUGCUGGAGCAGCGGCGACGGCGGCGGCGGCAACAUCGGCCAGCAACAACAGCAGCAACAGUAGCAGCAGCAGCAGCAGUACGACUAGCAGCAGCAGCAACAGCAGCAGCACGGCAGCGGCGGCAAUCACAACAAUGACCACAACGGCAGUGACAACGCCGCUCAGCUGUGCCUCAUCCUCGGUAGCAACACCCACAUCCACAUCGAUUGCAUCCAGUGGCAAUGGCAGCGGUGGCGGCGGCAAUGGCAAUGGCAACGGCAACAGCAACUCAACGCCAUCCGCCAGCAGCACGUUGCUGUUGAUGGCACGCAGCAGUGGCAGUGGCAGCGGCAGCGGUAGCAACAACAGCAACAGCGAGAACAGCAGCAGCAGCAGCACGACAACAACAACGACGGCAACGACAGCAGCCACAGCAGCAGCAGCAGCACCUCCGCCCAGUCGCAUGAUGAUGAGCACCUCGAGCAGUUUGUCAUCACAGAUGGCGGCACUGGAGGCCGCAGCGCGUGACAAUGACAACGAUACGCCAUCGCCAUCGCCCGGUGCAGGCAAUGAUAAUACGAAUGGCAGCAAUGGCGGCGGUGGGAUGUCGUCGAAGGGUAAACUGGACUCGAUCAAGCAGGAGGAUGAGAUCAAGAAGGAGUUCAUGGACGACAGUUGUGGCGGCAACGGCGAUAGCUCGCAAAUGGAUUGCUCCACCGGUGGCAAGGGCAAGAAUGUGAAUAACGAUGGCACCAACAUGCUUAAGAUGGACAUCAAGUCCGAGGACGGCGAGGAUGGUGAUGUCAAGAUCAAAACCGAACCGAUGGAUGUCGAUGAAUCGGGCGCCGGACGUGGCGGCAGCGGUGUCGCCCAUGGGCCCGAUGGUGCUCCAAUUGUCGAUGGCAGUGGCAAGGAUGAUAUGAAUGGUGCCAUCUAUGUGAAUGCUGCGGGCAGUGCGACGGACAUCAAGAUCAAAUCGGAGACGAAGCCACUUGUGCCCGAGCCACUUGCACCCAAUGCUGGUGACAAGAAGAAGAAAUGCCAAUUCAAUCCAGAGGAGUUGCGCUCAGCGCUGUUGCCAACGCUGGACAAACUGUAUCGCCAGGAGCCGGAGUCAGGGCCUUUUCGUUACCCAGUCGAUCCACAAGCGUUGGGCAUACCCGAUUACGUUGAUAUUGUGAAGAAGCCCAUGGAUCUGGGCACCAUACGAAACAACAUUCUCACUGGCAAGUACAGUGAUCCCUGGGAAUACGUCGACGAUGUGUGGCUAAUGUUCGACAAUGCCUGGCUAUACAAUCGCAAAACAUCGCGAGUCUAUCGCUACUGCACCAAGCUAUCGGAGGUGUUUGAGGCUGAGAUCGAUCCCGUUAUGCAGGCGCUGGGAUAUUGCUGUGGUCGCAAGUACACAUUCAAUCCCCAAGUGUUGUGCUGCUACGGCAAACAACUGUGCACGAUUCCACGCGACGCCAAGUAUUACAGCUAUCAAAAUAGUCUAAAGGAAUACGGUGUUGCAUCAAAUAGAUACACGUUCUGCCAGAAGUGCUUUAAUGACAUACAGGGAGACACUGUGACCCUGGGCGAUGAUCCGCUGCAGUCUCAAACGCAAAUCAAGAAGGACCAAUUCAAGGAGAUGAAGAACGAUCAUCUCGAGCUGGAGCCAUUUGUUGAUUGCCAGGAGUGCGGACGCAAACAGCAUCAGAUCUGUGUGCUCUGGCUGGAUUCGAUUUGGCCCGGCGGCUUUGUAUGUGAUAAUUGCCUCAAGAAGAAGAACUCCAAGCGAAAGGAGAACAAAUUCAAUGCCAAGCGUUUGCCGACCACCAAACUAGGCGUCUACAUCGAGACGCGUGUCAACAAUUUCCUUAAGAAAAAGGAAGCCGGCGCCGGAGAAGUGCACAUCCGUGUCGUCUCAUCGUCGGACAAAUGCGUUGAGGUGAAGCCGGGCAUGCGACGUCGGUUCGUUGAGGGCGGCGAAAUGAUGCAAGAGUUUCCGUAUCGGGCCAAAGCUUUAUUCGCCUUCGAGGAGGUCGAUGGCGUCGAUGUCUGCUUCUUUGGCAUGCACGUGCAGGAAUACGGAUCGGAGUGUCCGGCGCCGAAUACGCGACGUGUCUACAUUGCCUAUCUCGAUUCGGUGCACUUCUUUCGACCUCGACAAUAUCGUACCGCUGUCUAUCAUGAGAUAUUGCUCGGCUACAUGGACUAUGUGAAGCAGCUGGGCUAUACGAUGGCCCACAUUUGGGCGUGUCCGCCGUCUGAGGGCGACGAUUACAUAUUUCACUGCCAUCCGACUGAUCAGAAAAUACCAAAGCCGAAGCGCUUACAGGAAUGGUACAAGAAGAUGCUCGACAAGGGCAUGAUUGAGCGUAUCAUUCAGGACUACAAGGACAUACUGAAGCAGGCCAUGGAGGAUAAGCUUGGUUCCGCCGCCGAAUUGCCUUAUUUCGAAGGCGAUUUUUGGCCCAAUGUGCUCGAGGAGAGCAUCAAAGAACUCGACCAAGAGGAGGAGGAGAAACGCAAACAAGCUGAAGCCGCCGAAGCAGCUGCUGCUGCCAAUCUCUUUUCCAUUGAGGAUAACGAGGUGAGUGGCGAUGGUAAGAAGAAGGGGCAGAAAAAGGCGAAGAAGUCAAACAAAUCGAAGGCAGCUCAGCGUAAGAAUAGCAAAAAAUCCAAUGAGCAUCAAUCGGGCAAUGAUUUGUCUGCCAAGAUCUAUGCAACGAUGGAGAAGCACAAGGAAGUGUUCUUUGUCAUACGCUUGCACUCGGCACAGUCGGCUGCAAGUCUUGCGCCUAUACAAGAUCCCGAUCCGCUGUUAACCUGUGAUCUGAUGGAUGGUCGUGAUGCGUUCCUCACACUGGCGCGCGACAAGCACUACGAGUUCUCAUCGCUGCGACGCGCCCAAUUCUCCACGCUGUCCAUGUUGUACGAGCUGCACAAUCAAGGCCAAGACAAGUUUGUGUACACGUGCAACAACUGCAAGACGGCUGUCGAAACGCGUUAUCAUUGCACAGUCUGUGAUGAUUUCGAUUUGUGCACCGUGUGCAAGGAGAAGGUUGGCCAUCCGCACAAGAUGGAGAAACUUGGCUUCGAUCUGGAUGAUGGCUCAGCACCGGCCGAUCUCAAGCAAGCCAAUCCACAGGAGGCUAGAAAACAAUCCAUCCAGCGUUGCAUUCAAUCAUUGGUCCAUGCGUGCCAGUGUCGCGAUGCCAACUGCCGUCUGCCCUCGUGCCAGAAGAUGAAGCGCGUUGUCCAACACACGAAGAACUGCAAGCGAAAGACAAAUGGCGGUUGCCCCAUCUGCAAGCAACUCAUCGCUCUCUGCUGCUAUCAUGCCAAGCAUUGUCAGGAGCAAAAGUGUCCAGUACCCUUCUGUCCGAAUAUCAAGCAUAAGCUGAAGCAGCAGCAACUCCAACAAAAAUUACAACAGCAACAAUUGCUGCGCAGACGCGUGGCCCUCAUGUCCAGAACAGCUGCGCCAGCGGCGCUACCUGGGCCAGCUGUGAGCGGGCCCGUGGUAACAGCCGGUGGCGUCGGAGUCGGCGGCGUCGGCGUUGGAGUGCCAGUGGUUGGGAUGUCGGGAGCCGGUGGCCCGGUGGUUACCCAACAGGUGAUACCCGGCCAGGCGGCCAUAAUGCCAGCGAGUGCCGGCGAUAUGAGUCCAUCGACAGUGCCGGUGCCGUCACCGGUCUCGGCUGCGGCUGGGAUGGGCGGCAUGGCAUCGCCGCAUCCACCGCAUCAGCCGGGCAUUGGGAUGAAGCCGGGCAGCGGUCACUCGCCGUCGCCGAAUGUGCUGCAGGUGGUCAAACAGGUGCAGGAGGAGGCGGCACGGCAGCAGGUGCCGCACAGCUUCGGCAAAGGCGUCCCGAUGGCGCCGCCAGUGAUGCAACGAUCGAUGGGCGUCGGUGUCGGAGUCGGCGGCGUCGGUGUUGGUGUCGGGCCCAACCAGGGCCCGAUGGGCGGCAUGGUCGGCAAUGUGGGCGUCAAUCAGCUGGCCGGCAAUGUCGGCGUGGGCGGACCAGGAGCUGGUGGCCCACUCUCCGGUGGGGCCAACUGCAACAAUGUGCUCAACGCCAACAAUCUGCUGCCCAUGGAGCAGUGGGGCGGCGGCGUUAAUGUUGGCGGUGCCGGACAGCAGCGGUAUGCGAACAAUGCGCCCAACCAGCAGCCGGGCGGCAUGCGACAGUCGAACCAACAACUGAUGCAGCAGAACCUCCAGCAACAGCAGCAGCAGCAGCAGCAACAACAGCAGAUGAUGGGCAUGCCGCCCAAUCAGAUGGGUGUUGGCGUUGGCCUCGGUGUCGGUGUUGGCGUCGGCGGCGUUGGUGCCGGUCAAAUGCCUGUUCUGGGCGCUGGCGUUGGCAUGGGCGGCGGUGGCGGAGGCGGUGGUGCACCGCAUGGCAUCGGCAUGGGUGCGCCCAUGGGCGCGGCAGCUGGAGGCGGUGGCGGUGUUCGACCGCCGGGCGCUCAAGGUGGUCCGGUCGGUGCCGGUGGCUCGGGUGGCGGACCGAAUAUGGUGAAUGGACCGCCGCUGAACACACAGACGCUGGCCCAGAUCAUGCAGAAGAUCAAGAACAAUCCGACCAACGAGAGCAACCAGCACAUACUCAGCAUUCUCAAGCAGAAUCCACAGAUAAUGGCGGCCAUCAUAAAGCAGCGGCAGCAAAGUCAAAUCAAUGCUGCUGCCGGCGGAGCUGGCGGCGGAUCAAUUCAGUCCGGCAAUGGACCCCAAACGGCGCAACAGCAGCAGCAGCAACAACAGCAGCAGCAACAACAACAGCAGCAGCAGCAACAACAACAGCAACAGCAAGUUAUGCAACAGCAGCAAAUGCAGCACAUGAUGAACCAACAGCAGCAACAGGGUCCGGGUCCUGGAGGUCCCGUUGGUCCCGGCCAGCAAAUGGGACCCGGCCAGCAGCAACAGCAACAGCAGCAAGUGAACCUGAUGCAGGCGACACAACAGCAGCAACAGCAACAGCCGGGGCCACCGCAUCAGCGCAUGGCGAACAUGCAGAAUGCAGCGAUGAUGAUUCCAAAUCUGCCGCCCGGUGUGACAACGCAAGGCAACAUGGGUGCUAACCAAAACUGGAACAAGAUGCGCUACAUGCCAUUGAAUCAAUACCCACCACCAUAUCCUCAACGCCAACGCGGUCCACACAUCGGUGGCGCUGGCCAACAACAAUUUCCGGGCGGCGGGGCAGCUGGCAACUUUAAUCCCGGCAAUGCCGGACCUGUUGCUGGUGUCCCAGUGUCUGGGGCCAAUGUUGGCGGCAGCGGGGGCGGCGGCGUUGCGGGUCCCGGCUCUGAGCAAUACUCGUUAGCGAAUGCAACGGUGCCCAAUAUGCUGCAGCAGCAACAGGGCGGCGGCGGCGGGGGCGUCAAGCAGGGAUCCCAGCAACAGAUGGGCGUGAUGCAGCCGGGCAUGCAGCAGCAACAGCAACAGCAGCCACUGCAACAGCAGCAGCAACAAAUCAUGCAGGUUGUGGCUGGCGGCGGUGGCGGCAUGCCGAAUACGACACCGGGAGGAGGCGGUGGCGUUGGCGGUGGCAACACCGCAUCGGUGAUGGGUCCACCGACGCCGCAUACGCUGCAACAGCAAUUGAUGCAAUCGCAGCAGGCGCGCUCAUCGCCACCGAUCCGUUCACCGCAACCGACGCCAUCGCCACGCUCAGCUCCCUCGCCUCGCGGUCCCUCGGCAUCGCCACGUGCCCAGCCGUCGCCUCACCAUGUGAUGAGCAGCCAAUCGCCGGCGCCGCAAGCGCCACACGAUCCAAUGCACGGUCAUGGGAUGCACCAUCAGUCACCGCUGCCGGGUGUGCCUCAGGAUGUGGGCGUUGGCGGUGUCGGUGUCGGAGUCGGUGUCGGAGUUGGAGUUGGCGUCGGUGUUGGCGUCAAUGCUGUUGGCAAUGUUGUCGGCAAUGCUGGCGGCGUGCUGCCCGAUGCCUCAGAUCAGCUGACCAAGUUUGUGGAGCGGCUUUAGUGCAACAACAACAUUGCCGGCGCCGGCAAUGACAACAACAACAAACAAAGCAGCAGCAACAGCAGCAGCAACGUUCACUUUCGUUGCAAUGGGCAGCCAACAACGGAGCAGCAACAUCAACAGCAGCAACCAUCGUCGUCGUCGUCAACAUCAUCAUCAGCGUCGUCGAAAUCGCCGCAUUACUUUUGAUUCACGGCGCAUUUUCGCAUUGAAUGUUGCUUCUUCGAUUUAGACAGAGAACUUGUCAACAAGAAUAUUGUGUGUUACAACUUUAUAAAUAAUUUUCUUAUGUAUAGAAUUAUGCUUAGGUUCGGCUAUCAACUAACUAACUAUUAUACUACACAUACAUACAUACAUAUAUCGCUUUAGUUCAUUUCAAUUUCAACUUUUGUGUAGCUUAUUUUAUUUUAUUGUUUUUUUUAAAUUUUUUUUAAUUGAUCCUCUGAUUGUGUUAUCAUCACUUUACAUACUUAUAUAUUUACAUCAUGCAGGAAAGGAUUAUUUUCACUAGUUUUCAUAUAUAGAACUAUAUAUAUAUAUAUACGUAUAGAACAUAUUGUGGCACUUGAUAAGUUUAGGAAGGAUUUGAACAAAGCUCAUACAGCAACUGAAACGAUUUUGAUUAUGAUAAUUACACCAUAUUGAUUAUCACUAUUAUUUUAAAUCAUAUUUAUCAAUAUUUAGUGCAAUCGGUUAGGUCACACACACACACACACACACCAACACAGCAUACGGAAAUAGCAAGAACUAGAAAUAUUCAACGUAAAACGUUAAAAUUAUGGUUUUUCUUUAGAGUACACAACAAGACACAAGUACACAAAAACAAAAACAAAAGAAAGGAAACUUAAAGAGCAAUGCUGAAGAUGCUGCGAAUUAAAAAGAAACAGAAACAAAAACAAAAAAGGAAAAAAUUAAGAAAAAAGUCGAGAAUAAUAUUAACUAAACCAAACACAAAUUUAAAACAAAAAAAGGGAAAAACUUAGAAUACAUUAUAUAUAUACAUAUAUAUAUGAUAAUACUAAUAAUAAUAAUAAUAUUGAUAAUGAUAAUGAUAGUAUCUGGAUGUAUAUACACUCUAUUUUAUUUGAUGCGUCUGUACUGUAUGCAAUUUUACCUACACGUUUAAAAAAUCAAACAAAAAAAACAAAAAACACAAACAAAACAAAUUUCAAUGAUGCAGAGAUGGUUUAUAUAGAGUAUAUUUAUUAUUAUUUUUAAUAUUUUUUUGUACCUAACUUUAAGAUAAAAAGAAAAAAACAAACAAAUAUCAUUCUAAAAACAAGAGACAUGCAAAACGACACAAAAUAAUAAAACAAAAAAAAAUAAAUAUAUAUAAUGUAUUGAGACUAUCAAAACUAUCAAAUGCAUAUAGACUAUAUACAAUAUACGAUAAACAAAAAACAAAAAAAAAAGAAAAAAAAAGAAACCCCGCAUAUGUAUGUAUAGUGUUUUAUGGCUAGCAAUUCUUGCGCUAAGUUGUUCGCUAUUGUCAGUUUAUUAUGUGCUCCUUAUAGGAGCUUGAAUUGGGAACACAUUCACACACACCUACACCUACACACACACACACACAAAUAUUUUUAUAUGGAUAUCGAAUCACUCACACCAAUACAAACAGAAACAGAACACAACAUAAGAAAACGCCGGCAGACAUACAUAUAUACGCAUCUAUAUACACACGUUUCAUAUAUACGCCAAAUAUAUAUGUACUAUGUAUGUAUGCGUGCUUCACAAACAACAACAACAUACUAUAGACAGAAAAUGAGAAAGAACAUCGCGAUAUUGUAUAACUCUCCUUUUUUUAUAAACUUCCAAUUGACAUACAACAAUAACAAAAGAUAUUGCCUACACCAUAAUAAAAUAGUGGUAGAAACAAACUACAACAACAACUAGAACACCAACAACAACAACAAGAAACAAGCAACAACCAUUUAAGCAAUAGUCAAAAUAAGAAUCAUAGAAUUUAUUGACUAAAUCAAUCGAUAACUAAUUCAUACAAAUUCUUGUUUUUCUUUAAGUUUUAAGUAUGUACGUAAAAAAAAAAAGUAAACCCUUUUUUAAACUUAUACUACAUAUAUAUACAUAUACAUAUUUUGUUUGCCAAUAACUGUAAAUACAAACAUUACAUAAUUUACUUAGUAUUUCAUUUUGUGAUAGCGCUGGAAAGAGAAAAACAAAAACAAAAAGAAUCAUAUUUAAAAAACGUUUUCAUUUGUCUCAAAAUAUCAAGACAAAGUACAUAAUGUUAAUUUUAUUGAUUAUUUCAACUGUAAUUAAUACGAUUGCUAUUUAUAAACGCAUAACACAUAACAAAAAAAAAAAAAAGAAGAAAAAUGAAGAAAGAAAAGAAAAGAAAAUUGUAGCAAUAGGGAGCUAAAUGUAAGGCUCGCACUAUUAUUAGGUAAUAAGCAGUUAACUUAUAGUCGAUAAUUUUUGAUAAGCAUCGGAUGUAAGCUCAUCAUUUUUUUUCUAUUAUGAUUAUUAUAAUUACAUAUAAUUACAAAAGUUGCCACCGCCCAAAAUUUUGUGUACAGAUCGAGAGAAGAGAGUGAAGGAGAAAGAGAAAGAGAAGGAACCGAGAGAAAGGGAGAUAGCAAAAGCAAAGGAUUAAGAAAGACAACGCGUUCAACAUUUUGCAACAUAAAAUAUACAUACAUACAUACACAUACAUGCAUACAAAGUGUAUUCACAUAGAUACCAAAUUGUAAAAAUGCCUUAAAAAUGCGUUAACAGGAGAAAAAGCUAUGUUAAAUGUAAAUGUAAAUAUACACAUACAUACAUACAUACAUAGGGUACAUAUAUGUAUGUAUAAUAACAUUAUAUGGAGCUGCACACUUUGUUAUGAGGUACUUUGCUACAUACUAUAUACAUAUACAUAUAUAUAUAUUUGUAGACAUAUAUGAUGUAUAUAUAAGUCAAAUUCAACAACAACAAGAACGUAGAUUGUAAGCAUUGAAAAGCAUGCACAGUACAUACAUACAUACAUUAUACAUAAUACAACAGUUGACGUGUUUUUAAAUUGCCCAGUUUGUUAUUUAAGCAAAGACUUUUUGUCACUACGAAUAUCGCGAGACACGCAAAACACGAUGAAGGGUCGCAACAACAACAACAACAACAUGAAGAAUAACAACAACAACUAUAACAAGGAGAAAUAUGGGUCACAAGGCGCUACCGAUAUUGCCUAAGACUCUUUUUGCACGAAUGAAAAACAAGAAUAAAAUAAAAUCAAAUAUGAAGAAAAAAAAAACAAAAACAAAAACAACAACUAACAAUAGAGUAUGUCGAGAUAGUUGCUACGUUUGCUUCUUUUCUGUUCUGUUUUGUUUUAAGGUCCAGUUGAAAGCAAUUGACGAAACGUUUUUAAAUCGAGAGUGUGUGUAUGAUGAUGAUGAUGAUAAUGAUAAUGAUGAAGAGCGUUUUGAGAAGAAGAAGAAUACAUUUAAGCUUCGACGCUUCUUUUUAAUAACAACUUUUUUUUUCUGUUACUUUGUGUGCGAGAGUGAGCAAACGAUAGGACGCGAGAGACAGAUAGAGCGAGGGAGAGAGAAAGAGCAUAUUCCAAAACUAUUUGUGAUUACAAUUAUAUAUGAAAACAGAAAGCAACACAAUUAAUUAUUACGCGAAAUAAGAGGUAAAAACCUAGCAUGUAAGCCCUAGUUUAGAACGAACACACACACACAACAACAGCUAUAUACAUACCGUACCACAUAUACAUACAUAUGGAUCUGUAUGCAUGCAUAUUGAGAGCCGAUGAGUAGAUCAGUAAACAAAUGUAAAUUAUGAAAUGGAAGAAAAAACAAAACAAAAAAGAAAGAAAAAAGAAAAAACAA